AUGCUUCCUGCUACCCCAGAGGCUUUUCACGCGCCACCAGCAAGUGCAUCGUCGAUUCAGGCUACUGGUGAAUCUAGCCGCGACUUGCAGAUCACGGGUGUAACCCGAAAGAACACCAGCUGGCAAUACCACAUCGAGGUGCUGGACGUGCGCGCCUCGAGCUUUACCAGCGGCAACUCCGGCGCUUUAGCACGGGAUCUGAAUAACGUUGUGUACCCAGAUCUGCCACACUUGGUUCGCUACACGGUCAUGAGGCGGUACACGGACUUCCGCCAUCUCUACAACUACUUAGUGGAGACGCACGGGUCUGCGCUGCGCGAUGCAUUACCCAAAUUUCCAGACGGAGGGUGGAUCUCUUAUCUACGAGGAGAUGACCCAAGACUGCUCCAUCACAGACGCGAGAUGCUUCAGCGCUUCCUCAGAGCGCUUGACGCUCGCCAGGAGCUGCGCUGGUGUGCAGCUUUCACGACAUUUCUGCGUUCAGAUCUCGAGGAUCUCGCGUCUAUCGGCUCGAGUGCCUCCUUGCCUUCAUUUGCCAGCAACCCUUCAUUUGCUGCCUCAAGCAGCAGUAGCAGUGAUAUGGACUUGCGUCCUCCCCCGCCCCCGCCACUAUCUGCUCCGUCGUCACUCCCACCACGUCAUUGUCUGAGUUUUGACGCUUGUGCGGCGCCACCCGUGAGUUCAUCUGGUGGUUAUGUAUCGCUGUCGCAGCUCAAGUCUCCUGAGAUCCGUUUCCGCAAGAAAAUGGUAUCUGGAGGAGCCGACUCUCGUUGCGACGUGAAACGCAGACGGUUGCAUCUUUACAGUCAAGACGCUGACGACAUGGACAUUGAGCAGCGAAAACCCUCAGCCAAGAAGCAACUGGCAAUGGCUCUAAGCGGUGCACUGGGCUUUAAAGGUUUCGUUGUUGGAGUCGGCAGCGGUGUCAUCGGGACGUUUGGCCGAAUGGGUGGCGAGCGGUCGUACUCAAUAGAUACUGCCGAGUACCAUGACGAUAGUGACAGUGAUACGGACGAGGACGGAGAGUUGAGUGAAGGUACGCGUGGCCGCAACAUUGACUUGCUCAAGAUGCUGUCAGGUGGAGGAAGUCAAUCCGUGCAGCAUUGA